UAUUAAGGUACUUAGCUAAUUCAAAAUGAAAAUCACGAGAUACAAGAAAGUCCAAAAGUAUCUAAAAUUUUACUACAACAACUUUGGUUUCCACCAACCUUACCAAGUGUUGAUCGACGGGACCUUCUGCUUUUCAGCUUUUAAAGAACACAUAGCAAUAAGAGAGCAGCUCACAAAAUAUCUUAACGGAAAUGUUAAGCUGCUCACAACUAGAUGUAUUAUAAAAGAAACAGAAAAAAUUGCAAAAAAGACUCAUGGUGCAUUAACUAUACUGAAACAAUUUGGUAUUCAUGAAUGUGGUCAUAAAGAACCUGUCUCCGGCUCGCAGUGUAUUUUGUCUAUGGUGGGCAAGAAAAAUGAUAAACACUAUAUACUGGCAACACAGGAUAGGGAUUUGCAAGAAAAAAUGAGAUUGAAAGCUGGUGUACCACUACUUUACCUACAUAACAAGUCGCCUACACUUGAAAAACCAUCACCUGCAAGUUAUGGUAAAGCUGGUCAAAGUUUAGAAGCAAAUUCUUCUAUAUUCAUAAGCCCAACUCAAAAUGAAGCACUAAAGAACAUGAAAAAGUCACUCGGCAUCGAAGAAAAGGAUGAAACUAAAAAAAUAAUAGUCAAAGAGAAAAAACAGAAGAACCCAAAUCCUUUGUCUUGUAAGAAAAAGAAAACAAAACAAGGCAAUAAACAAAAUGAUAAGAAAGAUAAAGUUUUUGAGGGUAGAGUAAAAAAAAGGAAAAAAUCUAAACACAAGAAUACUUUGCCUUAGUGUUUUGUUGUGGAAUAAGUAAAUAAAGUUUGUUUUAUAAUUUAAA